AUGGCGCUUCCCCUGCGUUUCUCUGCACAAGAGCCCUCAUCUCGCUUGGAGGAAAUCGUUCCCGAAUCUAAGCGGAUCGAAGAACUCUCAGACGAAGAGCUCGACAGCGAGUACGAAGACAUGGGCACCGCCACUGCAGAAGAGCAGGCCAACAUUGCAUACCUGGAAAGUAUCAGGAUACCGAUCAAAGAUUCUCUUGUCACCGAAUCAACCAAAGUAGAGGAUGAGACGUCAGCAGUUAUCCUACCAUACCUCGAGGGCAACCCGAAUGACUUUUCUCUUAAUGCCUUUGGUAUACCGAAACUCCAACGGGACAAGCACGAGGCCAUGUUAAAGAGGAUCAUUGGCGACUACCCGGCACAAGCGGCUGCCAUGGAUGCUGCCCGGCCGUGGAUUGUGUACUGGGCCACUCAGAGCAUGACAGCACUAGGACUUGACAUUUCCGAUUACCAGAAAAGGGUAGCGCACACCUUCUCACUAGCCCAACAUCCCGAUGGAGGGUUUGGAGGCGGCUAUGGCCAAUAUGCACACCUUGCAUGCACAUAUGCGGCGACUCUCUCCAUCGCCAUGGUCGGAGGAGAAGAAGCCUACGAGACCAUCAACCGCAAAUCGCUGUGGCACUUUCUCGGGCGCAUGAAGCAAGCAGACGGAGGCUUCACCAUGUGUCAAGGCGGUGAGGAAGACAUUCGGGGCGCCUUCUGCGCCAUGGUCAUCCUAUCCCUCACCAAUCUCCCGCUCGAGCUCCCACCUGACGCCCCGGCACGGCAACACGGCCUGACCAAUUUCACCGACAGUCUGGGCGAAUGGGUUUCCCAAUGCCAAUCCUGGGACGGAGGUAUUUCAGCCGCCCCCGGCAACGAGGCCCACGGCGCCUACGCCUUCUGCGGCCUAGGCUGUCUGUCCAUCCUCGGCCCACCAAAGGAUACUCUACACAAGUAUCUCGACGUCGAUUUAUUGACACGUUGGCUCUCGUCACGCCAGUGCUCGCCUGAGUGCGGGUACAACGGCCGCACAAACAAGCUUGUCGAUGGUUGCUACUCCCACUGGGUCGGCGGCUGCUGGUCCAUUGUCGAAGCCGCAACCGCCACCGGUCUGUGGAACCGCGCUGCUCUGGGCCGCUACAUCCUGGCUGCUUGCCAGGAGAAGAAAGGUGGCCUCAAAGACAAGCCUGGGAAGCAUUCUGAUGCCUAUCACACGUGUUACAACCUUGCUGGGCUCAGUGCCGCACAGUACCAGUACGUGUACGACGAGAACGUGAAUAAGAAUCUGGGUACAGGGAAUUACGGUGCCCCGUAUCAUUGGAAGUCGCAAGGACGAUAUGCUGGGGAUCAAAAGGUUGUAUGGGACGAGGGCGAUGUGGUGAAGCCUGUUCAUCCCAUCUUUGUUAUUCCUUUCAUGUCCGUGUACGAGAUGAGGAAACAUUUCGAGGAGAAGGAGACCUUUUGA